AUGGGCUCCGGCGGCCGCAAGACGAUCGUCGUCGAGGUGAGCCCCGGGCGCCCCCCCAGCGACUCCGUGGACGACGACGGCCUCGACGAGCACGACGCCGCGCGAUGGCGCGGGCCCGGCCCCGCGAGCGGCCGCUCCACGGACGAGGACGCGCCGCGCCACGAAAGCGAGACCGAGGACGACGGCACGCUCGGGUCGCGGACGCCGGGCUUCCUCACGGAGGACGAGGACGAGCCCGCGCCGCGGGUGACGGCGUCGUGCAACGACCUUUCGAGGUUCGCGACGCCCGGCUCCCUGGCGCGCGGCGCGUCGACGCCCGGCGGCUUCUCCCGGGCGGACGACGACGACGAGCCCGGGCUCGUGGCCGUCGCGCGGCUCCGGCGCGUCGAGCGCGCGGUGCGCGCCGUCGCCGCGGCGGACCCGGCCGGCGCCGCGGCGCUCCGGGCCGCCGCGGACGAGCUGCGGGCCGUGUCCGAGGGCAUGGCGGCGACGCCCAUGGCGCGCGCGGCCGCCGCGCGGCAGCGGGCCGCGCGCCUCGUCCGCGCGGGCUUCUCGCGGCUGCCCGAGCGGCGCGAGCGCGAGUUCACGAAAAUCUUCACGGACGCCGACGACGCGCGGGACCUCGCGGACCGGCGGCGGCGGCGGCGGUCCUGGUCGCUCCGGCGCGUGCGGAGCCGCGAGCGGCUCGAGCCCCCCCGCGCGCCGUCGCCGCCGCUCGAGCCGCGGGGCCCCAUGACGCUCUUCGGCCUGACGUCGCGCCUCGGCGCCGUGCACCCGAACUCGGCCUUCAAGCGGCGCUGGGACUACCUCACGUCGCUCCUCGCCGUCGCCGUCGUCUUCGCGCCCGAGUGCCGGGCCUUGGCGGGUUGGUGCCUCGGCCUCGAGGAGCCGCGGCGGCCCCCCGCGGACGGGCCGGACGCGGGCCUGGUCGCGGCGCUCGUCAACGUCUGGUUCCUCUGCGACGUGCUCCUCAACUUCGUCACGGGCUACGUCGACGGCGCGGGCGUGCUGGUCAUGUCGAAGCGGCGCAUCGCGAUUCGGUACUGCCAGACCUACUUCCUCCUCGACAUCUGGUGCGCGCUGCCCUUCGACCGCCUCGUGCUGCCCUACCUGCCGGUCGUCGAGGAUCUCGUGGCGACGUACGACGCGGCGGCGCCGCAGCUGCCGUGCGCGCGGGGCAGCGACAAGACGCUCCUCGUGGACUGCGUGCCGCGGCGCGGGCCCAUCCGCAGAGUGCGCAACGUCGUGCGCCACGCGCGCAACUGGACGCCGCGCGCGCUCCAGUUCGCGAAGCGCCGCGGCCGCCUGCGCCAGGUGUUGGUGUCCGCGCCGAACAUCGUGUCCUACAUCGUGAAGACCCUGCGCCUCGUGCGCAUCUCCAAGGUCAAGCUCGUCAAGUGGCGCACCAUCGCCGUGCUCGGGAGGCGCUACCGGAAGAACGCGGCGCUCUACUUCGACCGCUUGCCAUCGCCGUGGCGGAGCCCGCGGGCCGCGGAGCGCAAGGGCUUCCCGCGGUCCCGCAGCCGCGACGAGCUCCGCCGGUCGCCGUCCAAGGACCGGCUCCGCCGGUCCGCGUCCAAGGAGAAGCUCCUCGGCGACAUCGUCGCCGCCGCGAAGCGCUACGAGACGCCGCGGCUCCAGACCGCGCGGCGCCGGCUCAAGUCGACGUCUGCGCGGCCCGCGCACCAGCGGAGCUUCUCCGAGUAA